CUUGAUCUUCAAAAGCAUGAAACUGAGGAUAUUUUUAAGCAAGAGGCCUGUGAAGAAUCUCCAUCCAGUUUACAGCCCUGGUCCACUAAUACAGGACGACUGGCUACACAGGAGAAUUCUGCAGAACUGAAAUCAGAGUUAUCAGAGUCUGAAGUGAAAAUCACCGAGGAAAAUGGGAGAGAAGGAGAAGAGUCACCUGGGAAUGUUGGAAUAAAUUUACAGAAGAAUGGCAGCUUCUCUCCACUUUCAUUUGGUCGUCAGUUUCUUCAAUUCAAAGAGGAAGGUUUGAAGAAAUCAGCAAGAGGAUCAGAGAACCUGACGGCAGCCUUUUUGCAGUGCAGUUCUCUCCCUGCUGCUUCAGUAACACAGAUAGAAGCCAUUAAAACUGAUCGACAACAAGUGGAGAAAGAAAUCCAAAUUCACACUGGAAAAAAAUGUUUGGAAUGUGGCAAACAAUUCACACAUAAAAGUGAUCUUAAUGACCAUAUGAAGAUUCACACAGGAGAAAAAAUAUAUUGUUGUCAUGAAUGUGGUAAGUCGUUCUCUAGGAGAAGCCAUCUUCAGACACACAGAAGAAUUCACACUGGAGAGAAACCUCAUUGCUGUUUAGAGUGUGGUAAGUCGUUCUCAACGAGUAGCUAUCUUCAGACACACAGAAGAAUCCACACAGGUGAAAAACCUCAUUGCUGUUCAGAAUGUGGUAAGCCAUUUUUACAUAUAAGCAAUCUUCUGACGCACAGAAGAAUCCACACUGGAGAAAAACCUCAUUGCUGUCCAGAGUGUGGUAAGUCAUUCUCAACGAGUAGCUAUCUUCAGAUGCACAGAAGAAGCCACACAGGAGAAAAACCUUAUUAUUGUCCAGAAUGUGGCAAGUCUUUCCAAAGCAGAAGCAAACUUCUGAACCACAGAAGAAGCCAAAGAGGAGAAAAACGUCAUUGCUGUUCAGAAUGUGAUAAGUUGUUCUCAUAUAUAAGCAAUCUUAAGAGGCACAGAAGAAUCCACACAGGAGAAAAACCCUAUUGUUGCCAAGAAUGUGGAAAGUCGUUCUCAUGUAUAAGCUAUCUUAAGAAGCACAGAAUAAGCCACACGGGAGAAAAACCUCAUUGCUGUCCAGAAUGUGGUAAGUCAUUCUCAAGGAGAAGCCAUCUUCAGAGGCACAGAAGAAUCCACAAAGGUAAAAAACAUUAUUGUUGUCCAAAAUGUGGCAAACAAUAUUUUGACGAACUCAGUUUUCAAAGGCACACAGAAAUUGAUACUGGUGAGAAGCCAUAUUGCUGUUCUUAAUGUGGAAAAAUGUUUUUCAACAGUUGGUGCUUUCGAGUACAAACACAAACUCACAAUAAAGAGAAAAUGAAGUAUGUCUGAUCUGAAUGUGGCAUAUGUUGUGCAAACAAGAAAAGUCUUUAUAAACACAACAAAAUCCAUACUAAAGAAAAAUAUUUUUGCUGUUCUGAAUUGGGGGAAAUAAUUCUUAGAUUUAAGCUCACUUCAGUGCCACAUUGAGCUAAUUCUGGAGUGAAAUCUUAUUGUUGUACUGAAUGUGAUAAGCAGUUCUCGCAACACAGAGAGAGAAACGGGAGAGAAACCUCACCAUUACUUGGAAUGUGGCAAACAAUUCCCAUGCCUCAAUUCCCUGUAUAAUUGUAGAAUUGUACUAUACUGGAGAGAAGCCUUGCAGUUGUACUGAACAUGGAAUGUGAUUCUUUUGUAAUAGUUUUCUUCACAAUCAUAAAGUAAUUAAUUCUGGCAAGAAACAAUGCUGUUUUGACUGUUGCAAGUUUUUCUCAGACAGCAGGACUCUCAAAGACCACUUGAGAAUUCACUCUGAAGCGAAACUUUCUUACUGUCCAGAGUGUGGCAAACGAUUCUCACAUCCAAGCGCACUUAGGUGGCACGGAAGGAUCCACACUGGAGAGAAGCAGUACACCUGUUCUGAAUGUAGUGAAGGGUACUCUUCCAGAAGACUUUUUCAGAGACACAAACAAAGUCAUAUUGGAGUAAAGCCUGUCCCAGAAAUGACAAAUGAUCUUUCCAUUGGCUCCUCAACCAAAAAAAAAAACUGAAGAAAAAACUUCUGAAUGCUUUAAAAAACUCCAGUUGAAAGUAGUUAAUAAAUACAUAAGAAUAGUGGAGAAAACACUGAAAGUGUAAUACAGAUCCUAGUUGUAAGGUCACUUCAGAGCCACAUGUGAAUACACACUGGAAUACAACUCAUAUUUCACAAACAGCAAGAAUCUUCUUCAACAACUUAGAGGUGCAAGAAAAAACCUCAUUGUUGUCCUAAAUGUGGUGAACGCUUUUCAGACAUCAGUGGCCUUCAUAUUUGUAAAUGACUGGUUUACUUGUGGUAAGCCUCUUAGCUGUUCUGAAUGUUGAAAGUGAUCCUCCUGUAUCAGGCUUCAUCAACAACACGUAAGAUUUCAUAAAACACUCAGAAACGGUAAAACCAGUACGUCAGCCAUACAGGGACUGAACACAACUGAAAAUGUUCAAUGUAAUUAUGAAAACAUGGAGAAGUGAAAUCCACAGUGCAGUGCCAACUACCAGGAUGUGCCACUGACAACAAGGGGAAUAUUUUUGUUUUGCACCUUUUGAGAUGGGGCCUUAUCUGAGUAGCAAUGAACUUCUACUGUCUCUGGGAUGUCAUCUGAUGGCUGACGCCUGGGCUGAGUGCAGACAGCCGUUCUUAACUCUGAUAGUGAAGAAGUCAUUUAGUGACGUCAGCUGGCAGCCAAUGCUGUCCAAUCAGAUACUGCGGAUGGACAGUGGAGGAGGACAGGAGCCUAAAAAGAGAGCCGUCACAUGACAGACCAAUGUAGAGGGGCUUUAUAAGACUUUUACACUUAUUUAGGUUAUCAAAUAUAAAUGACUAGCAAAAUACCCGCACUUUGCAGCGAAGAAGUAGUGUGUUAAAAAGUUAUGAAAA